UUUUUUUCCCCUUCCCGUUCUUUUAUUCUUGUACAUAUUAGAGGGUUAAAUAUUAAUAGCGUAAGUAGCACUAUAGUACUACUUCUAGUUGGAGUAUACAAUGCAGCAGCUACCAGUACUCUGGGCAGGGUUUAGGUGUCCCAUUAGUUUCCGUUUAACAGAGAUCGAGAGAAAAGGCUCUCACCUCUGUCUUCUGUCUGUCUCGCCUUGCAUUCUCUCUCUCCCUCUGCUAAUGCAAUUGCAACGAAUCUCCCUCUGCAGAGUCCUCCGAUGACUACCCUCCACCACCGAAGCCACCACCCUCACCACACCGGCCGCCGCCUCUCUGUCUGCCCCCUCCACCCCUCCGCCACUCCCUCCACCGCCGUCUGCGCCUCCUGCCUCCGCGAACGCCUCUCCGUCAUCGAACCUUCCACCCUCCACGAGAUCCCCAACGCCUGCUCACCCCGCCUUGACCGUCUCCGCCGCUGCAGGUCCUACUCCUCACGCCCCGAGGCUGGCGCCGCCCGCACCUCCGCCGAGCCCCGCCGUAGAUCAUGCGACUCCCGAGGCCGGAGCUGCAGCCUUUCCGAUCUGUUCACUGCCGAGGAUGAGGGGACCGGCCUGAAGGUCGAAUCUUUGUCCGGUUUGAGGGAAGAGGAUGAGAGCGAGCAAGACGGAGAAGAAAUUAGGGUUGACGUCUCUCAGCGCACUGAUGCGAUUGCGCGGGAGGACAAUGCAGCUAACAAUAGGAGAUUCUACGAUGACGAUUUCGAAGGAGAUGUUGAGUUGAAAACUAUGAAGGAGUUUAUAGAUCUCGAGCUGCACAGCAAGAAGCAGCAACCGAGGAAAGAAAUGAGAGCCUUUUGGGAGGCAGCUUCGGUGUUCAGCAAAAGAUUGACGAAAUGGCGGCGGAAGCAGAAAAUCGAGAACAAGAAGGGAGGAGCCGCUGGCAGUGGCAAUGAUGAUGCAGUGAAGGUCCGUGAGAAGCUCCAUCCGGGCAAGCUAAGAAUAAGAGAGACGCAGUCUGAGGUUGGAGAGUACGGACUCGGCAGGCGGCCAUGUGAUACUGAUCAGAGGUUGUCACUCGAUGCUGGGAGGUUAUCACUCGAUGCUGGGAGGUUAUCUCUUGAUGCUGCGAGGCUCUCGCUCGAUGUUGGGAGGUUUUCGGUGGAUGUUGGAAGGGUUUCUCUUGAAGAACCUCGGGCUUCUUGGGAUGGUCAUUUGAUUGGGGGGAGGAGCUACAGUCAUCAUCAUCACCAUCCCCACAAUCAGAGGUUUAACCCGAUGGUGUCCUUUCUUGAGGAUGUGAAGGUGAUUGAUAGUAUGCUCAAGAGCAGGGCACUGGUUGAGGACAAGUUGAAUGUGGUGGAUGAGGAGGGGAGGAGCCCUGGUGGGUCGAUCCAGACCCGGGAUUACUACAAGGACUCUGUAGGUUCUCAGCGGCGAAGGAGGAGUUUUGAUCGGUUGAACUCAAGCAGAAAGGGGCCUCUGUUGGAAGCUGACGAGUUGAAGUCAAUGUCCAAUGCAAAGGUUUCUCCUGCCACUACGGAGUUAUUUUACGGGGCAAAGUUGCUGAUUUCGGAGGGAAAGCCAAGGGGCUCAGACUCAAAAGUUACCCAGGAUGAUAGCUGCCUAAAGAGUAUUGCCCCUGCCUCCAAUAAUGCCAGGCAUGUUGCUGGUGGGAGUGAUCCAAGGCAGGGUAAGAAGUCGCAAAAGUGGGGUAAGGCGAGGAGUAUCUGGGGCAUAAUUCAGAGACGGAAUGAGACCAAGUGUGCGAAUGAAGAGAAGUUUGAGAAUGGAUGCAUAGAGGGUGUGCCAGUUCCCAAUUCUUGGGAGAGGGCGAAUCAGGUUUUAAGUGGGGGAGAACUGAAUGGUAUGAUUGGCUCGAGGCAUGUUUGCAGUGGCAGUGUUAGUGCAAGGAAUUCGGGUGCAGCGGCUGUUGAGGCGAGGGGCAUUGGCUCGAGGACUCGGGAGGAAUGUGCUCUGCAGAGAAACCAGAGUGUGAAGUAUUCUCCGGGCAAUAUCGACAAUGGUCUGCUGCGGUUCUACCUGACUCCGUUAAGGAGCUCCAGAAGCAAAUCCAUGAAGAGCAGGCUAGGGAAAGCGCAUUCCGUAGCAAGAGGCAUGAACGCUGUAAUAUAAAGACGUGUUAGCUUGUGCUGUGUGGUUCGUUGUUGGUCAUCUUUUGUAAUAUAUUAACAGUUUAACACACACAAUAUGCCAUCAGUUCUAUAUGCUUCCCAUGACAGCUGCUCGACUGAUAAUUGUAACUCCUUGCUUUUGUUAGAGAAUGAAAUACUGCUGAGGCACUUUUACUAUUUA